CAAAACACAACCUCUCCCUCUCUCCCUCCCAAACAAAGCAAAUGGCCAUCACAACGACCAUAUUUGAAGCUCGCAGCAAGAAACGAAAAGGAAGCCCUCUUAUUUCCACUUUCAACAACUCUAGUAGUCCUCCUCGUCCACCACCACCACCACCCAUGCCCCUUCAUUCCGGUCCUUUCAGAGAUAACAUUAGAGAAUUCCUCAAACAUUGCGCUGAGAUUGAAGACUAUACUGUUUGUCACAAUCCCGUUUGGUGUGCUUUGCUCUUGAGUGACCCCACCGGCGUCGUUUUCCCUCUCUACGUUCUUGAAGAGAACAUUCACUCUUCUCACCCUCGCCCACUUUGUGAUCGCUGCAGAUGCAUUGGUUGGAGUCACCAUUUUGUGUCAAAAAGAAGGUAUCAUCUGAUAAUUCCAAAGGACGAUCAAUGGAACAAACCUCUAAACAAAGAAUCUCUUGAGAAAAAUAAUCAUCUCUUGCAUGGUCUCAUUCACUGCAAUGGCUUUGGUCAUCUCCUAUGCAUCAAUGGAAUUGAAGCCAACUCUAAAUUCCUCCAUGGGAAAGAACUCAUGGAUCUCUGGGAUCAUCUCUGCUCAAUUCUCCAAACCCGUGAAAUUUCAGUGGAAGACCUGUCAAAGAAAUCCGGAAGCAUGCACCUUAGGUUGCUUCAUGGAGUUGCUUAUGGGCGUACAUGGUUUGGGAAAUGGGGUUACAAUUUCAGCCGUGGAAGCUUUGGGGUUACACAGCAGAAAUAUGAGAGAGCUAUUCAAAUCCUCAGCUCACUAGACGUCAGUAAGAUUAUUCAUGACUUCAUCAACAAAAGGCAAGGAGAAUUGGUUAAAAGAAUCAUUAAUAUUUAUAGGGAUGCUAGUGAGACACGGUUGGUUACCAUUAGUGAUUUGUUUCAAUUCAUGCUUGCUCUGAACUCCACUCCCCUAAUCCGAAGGAAAAUAGCCUUGACAUUGGCUGCUAUUCCAUCAAAAUCAUCAACACACUCAGCCCAACAACCAGAAACUUGUUUAUUUAAGGAUCCAAACCACCAUAGUUCCUUUUCUUUUAUUGCUAAAUUCGAUGAGAGUAGAUGGCCUGCGAGAAGAUUGGAUGAUGUAGUCAGAGUGGUACUUACUACUUUGGAAGCUAAUGGAUCCAAAAUGGAUCGGCAAACCUUGCGUGAUGCUGUUAGACAACACAUUGGUGACACUGGUUUGAUUGACUUUGUUAUAAAAAACAUCGAUAAGGUUGCGGUGGAAAAUCGAUUCAUUCAUCGUGUUGUCAACCCAGUUACCAGAAAGUUAGUAAUCUCACUUCAAGAUGUUGUUCAUGAAGGGAAAAGUGAAAAGAAAAUGGAGUCCCACGCUGAUAUUCCAGCUCUAGAACCAGGAUUAGAUGUUAACAAGGAUUUGCAUUUUUUGUACAAUUAUGUUUUAUUGGGCUACCCCGAUUCUCAUUCAGUUACCCUAGCAAUCAGAGCAAUCUUGGAUAGCAAGCAUUUUGCCAAACAGUGGCAAUUUAAGGGCAAUAAUGAUCAUGAGGAUUCAUUUCUAGGGCUUGUUCUCCGGCUUAGGCCAAGUUACAAUGAAUUGGUGAAAGAGUUGACACGGCCAUUGCCACCAGGUGAACUUCUGGUGGUCCCACAGUAUGCUACUGUUGAUGAGCUCAAAUUGAUGGUGCAGUGUGCCUUAAGAGAUACAUAUUAUGUAAUGGACAAGUUUGCUGUGAAGGAUAUACAGAUAGGUAAAAUAGAGGAAAAGGAGUACCAGGAUGGGGUAAUGUGCGAAGUGGAGCAAGGUGUGCAGGUUUGGGUUAGGGGGUGUGGGCUAGACUUGGAUACAAAACUGAGGUAUCAAGGUGGUGCUGAUGAUUGGACAGUGGAUUGUGGGUGUGGGGCUAAAGAUGAUGAUGGGGAGAGGAUGGUGGCCUGUGAUGUUUGCCAUGUGUGGCAACAUACAAGGUGCAACAGCAUUAAGGAUAAUGAAGCUGCCCCUCGUAUGUUUGUAUGUUGUAGGUGCAAAAAUGAUAGGAAGAAGUAUUGACUUGGUUUUCCAUUUCCAGUUUUGAUGAGUAGUUGUGAGAUUAAAACUGUAAAGGAAUGGGAGAACAGGCUGACACUUGAUAGUAUAGCUCAGUGUUUUUAUUUUCUUAUUUUAUUUUUUGUCGUGAAAAAAUGAUAAAGAGAGAAGCUGUGCAUCUGAAUAAGGCAAUGCUUCCGGUAUAAAUUCCUCUUGGAUUUUGUGUAAA